AUGAUCCAGGAUGGAGUGAAAGAGAAAGUGCAAAGUGCGCCACUAAAACGCCACAUUACGCCUCAUCGCCCACGCCCCCGGUCCCGGUCUCGGGCACGGGCGCGGGCGCGUCGGUGGAAUAAUUGGGUUCCCCGUAAGGUUGGAUUGUUGUCUUGGCGUGUCGCUCUUAACCGUCUUCCUGUUCUUACUGCAUUAGCUAGAAGAAAUAUUGUGUCGCCUUCUGUUUUGUGCCCGAUCUGUGGAGAGGCACCCGAGGUUGUGGCCCAUAUUUUUCUUGAAUGCGGCUUGGCUCAAUCUGUUUGGGAGAUGGUUUCACAGUGGUGCAAGAUUCAACCUAUGUACUCGUUUAGCUUCAAAGGCUUACUGGAAGUUCAUGUGUAUACAAGAGGGUCGGCUUUGUUUAUGAAGGCAUUACACGGAAUUGUUUUGAUUGCUAUUUGGUGUAUUUGGCGUGCACGAAAUGACAUGGUAUUUAAAGGCGUCAAGAUCUCUUUACAUAAGUUAGUUGGUGAAAUAAAGGCUAAAAGCUUUUUAUGGAUUAGGAGUCGUGCAAAACUGCAGAGUGCAUCUUGGUAUUCAUGGACAUCUUUUGAUUCGGGGGGUAUUGGAUUGUAG